CGCCCCGCCCGGCCCGGGCUUCUAGAGGAGCCGCGCGCAGGUCCCGCGGGCAGCCGAGGCCAGCAUGACCACCGAGCAGCGGCGGAACCUGUACGCCUUCAGGGACUAUGUCAGGAAGACGCUGGACCCUACCCACAUCCUGGGCUACAUGGCCCCCUGGUUCAGGGACGAUGAGGUGCAGUGUAUUCAAGCUGAGAAAAACAACAAGGGCCCGAUGGAGGCUGCCACACUUUUUCUCAAGUUCUUGUUGGAGCUCCAGGAGGAAGGCUGGUUCCAGGGCUUCCUGGAUGCCCUAAGCCACGCAGGUUAUUCUGGACUUUAUGAAGCCAUUGAAAAUUGGGAUUUCCAAAAAAUUGAAAAGCUAGAGGACUAUAGAUCACUUUUAAAACGUUUACAACCAGAAUUUAAAACCAGAAUCAAUCCAACAGAGAUCCUUCCUGAAAUCUCUGUAUGUUUAAUUAAUCAGGAAUGUGAAGAAAUUAGACAGGUUUCCUUCAAUAAAGGGAUGAUGGCAGGUGCAGAGAAAAUGGUGGAAUGCCUUCUCAGAUCAGACAAGGAGAACUGGCCCAAAACUUUGAAACUUGCCUUGGAGAAAGAAGAUAACCGGUUCAGUGAACUGUGGAUUGUAGAGAAAGGUGCAGAAGAUGCUGAAAUUAAAGAUCUUGAGGAUGAUAACAUGGAAACUUCCAACAUACAGAUUUUCUACCGGGAAGAUCUAGAAUACCAGAAUCUUAGUCAGAAUUCGUGUCCACCUUCAGAAGUAUCUCUAACUGACUUGAACAGCCGAUUUAAACCAAGAAAUUACCAGCUAGAGCUUGCUUUGCCAGCUAAGAAAGGAAAAAACACUAUAAUAUGUGCUCCUACUGGUUGUGGAAAAACAUUUGUUUCAAUUCUCAUAUGUGAACAUCAUCUUGAAAAAUUUUCACAUGGACAAAAAGGGAAGGUUGUCUUUUUUGCUAAUCAAAUCCCAGUGUAUGAACAGCAGAAAUCUGUGUUCUCAAAAUAUUUUGAAAGACUUGGGUACAGAGUUACAGGCAUUUCUGGAGCAACAGCUGAAAAUGUCCUAGUGGAACAGAUUAUUGAGAACAAUGACAUCAUCUUUUUAACGCCGCAGAUUCUUGUGAACAACCUUAGAAAUGGAACUAUUCCAUCACUGUCUGUCUUUACUUUGAUGAUAUUUGAUGAAUGCCAUAAUACCAGUAAACAACACCCGUACAAUAUGAUCAUGUUCAAUUAUCUAGAUCAGAAACUUGGAGGAUCGUUAGACCCACUACCCCAGGUCAUUGGGAUGACUGCCUCGGUUGGCGUUGGGGAUGCCAAAAACACAGAUGAAGCCGUGGAUCAUAUCUGCAAACUGUGUGCUUCUCUUGACGUAUCAGUGAUAGCGACAGUCAGAGAGAACUUGGAGGAACUGGAGCAAAUUGUUUAUAAGCCCCCAAAGUUUUUCAGGAAAGUGGAAUCACGGACUUCAGACCAAUUUAAAUUCAUCAUAUCUCAGCUGAUGAGGGAGACAGAGAGUCUGGCAAAGAGUAUCCAUGGAGACCUCGGAAAAUUAUUUCAGAUUCAAAAUAGGGAGUUUGGAACACAGAAAUAUGAACAGUGGAUUGUUACCGUUCAGAAAGCGUGCAUGGUGUUUCAGAUGCCAGACAAAGAUGAAGAAAGCAGGAUCUGUAAAGCGCUGUUUUUGUAUACUUCGCAUCUGCGGAAAUACAAUGAUGCCCUCAUUAUCAGUGAACAUGCACGAAUGAAAGAUGCUCUGGAUUACUUGAAAGACUUCUUCAGCAAUGUCCGAGCAGCAGGAUUCGAUGAGAUUGAGCAACAUCUUACUUGGAGAUUUGAAGAAAAGCUGCAGGAACUAGAAAGCGUUUCCAUGGAUCCCAGCAAGGAGAACCCUAAACUUGAAGACCUUUGCUUCAUCUUACAAGAAGAGUAUCACUUAAACCCAGAGACAAGAACCAUUCUCUUCGUGAAAACCAGAGCACUUGUGGAUGCUUUAAAGAAGUGGAUUGAAGGAAAUUCUAAACUCAGCUUUCUAAAACCUGGCAUAUUGACUGGACGUUGCAGAACAAAUCAGGAUAUAGGAAUGACCCUCCCAGCACAGAAGUGCAUACUGGAUGCGUUCAGAACCAGUGGAGAUAACAACAUUCUGAUCGCCACGUCGGUUGCUGAUGAAGGCAUCGACAUUGCGCAGUGCAAUCUUGUCAUCCUGUAUGAGUAUGUGGGCAAUGUCAUCAAAAUGAUCCAAACCAGAGGUAGAGGAAGAGCAAGAGGUAGCAAGUGCUUUCUUCUGACUAGUAAUGCUGAUGUAAUUGAAAAAGAAAAAAUGAACAUAUACAAAGAACAAAUGAUGACUGAAUCCAUUUUAAGCCUUCAGACAUGGGACGAAGCAGUAUUUAAAGAAAAGAUUCUCCAUAUACAGGUUCGUGAAAAAUUCAUCAGAGACAGUCAAGAAAAAGCAAAACCUGUGCUUGAUAAAGAAAAUAAAAAACUGCUAUGUGGGAAAUGCAAAGCCUUGGCAUGUUACACAGCUGAUGUAAGAGUGAUAGAGGACUCCCAUUACACCGUGGUUGGAGAUGCUUUCAAGAAAUGCUUUGUGAGUAAACCACACCCCAAACCAAAGAAAUUUGGUAGUUUUGAGAAGAGAGCCAAGAUAUUCUGUGCCAGAGAGGACUGCAGCCAUGACUGGGGAAUCCAUGUGAAGUAUAGGACAUUUGAGAUUCCGGUUAUAAAAAUUGAAAGUUUUGUGGUGGAGGAUGUGGCAACUGGAGCUCAGAGACUGUACCCAAAGUGGAAGGACUUUCAUUUUGAGAAGAUACCAUUUGAUGCUGCAGAAAUGUCCAAAGGCCUUGGCCUCAAUCUUCAGCUACAGGUAAUAGGUGAAUUUGAGUGAAGAAGCAACCACGCAGUGGGUAUAACCAUGGAUCGCUUAUACCGCUGGGAAGUUAUUUUACCUAAGGCUUGUACUGAAUUGAAUAUUGAUCCCUUUGCCUUCUGUUUAUUGUUUUCAACAGUUUGUUCUAUAAUCAUACAUGUAAAGCACGAGUGAAUCACAGCAUUGAAUAUUUUGUAGGCCAACAGAGCUCACAGUACUUGGAAAAGAUUAAAAAGUCUUCACCUGUUUCUGUCCUCUUUAGAGCCAAAUGCCAGCGAACACACAGUAACCACUCUGUACACGUUGGGAUCGAUGGAUGAAUGAACAGAAUGUUGAAAGGUUUUCUAUACCUCCCUUUCUUAACCUACUGUAAACUGGCUUUUGCCCUUAACCAUCUACUAUAAUUUUUCUUUUAGAGGUUACCAGUAACUCUGGUUGCCAAAUGCAUUGGGAACUUCUUGGUCCUUCUAUUUGACCUCUGUACUUUCGGUCCUAUUAGCACUUCUUUCUUGAAACUCUCCCUUGGUUUCUAUUUCUUUUAGUUCUAGUCUAGCCUUUUUUAUUGGUUUCUCUUUGCUGAUCCCUUAAGUGUUGAUAAUUCCAAGGGCUCAAUAUAGUAAUGUAUACAAAUAUGUGUAUAUACAUAUCUAUGUGUAACUAUUAUAACACAUUAUACACAUACAUGUAUGUAUAUAACAGUUACAUGUACACUCAUGUUCUCUCUGUAGCAGUGUGUGGCAUGGUAAUCUUAAAACUCUGUAGUGGACAACUUUUAGUAAUGAGGGGCGUAGAAAUAAAAUACUUCCUGGGAAAUUAUUCCUGUUCUUUUAGUGUACUGAAUGUCUUGCCCUAUUAAUCUGUUUUCUUAAUCUGUGCCAUUGUUCUCUUUGAAUGGUCAUCUCGAGCCAUUUUCCAAUAACAGGUGAUGUUCAACACUUGCACUGUCCUGAGUUAGGUCUCUUGGAUGAUACUAAUGAGGCAGUUUAAUUUGGCCGUCCUUUCUAUUUAAAAAAUCAGAAUAUGUUUCCACAUGGCAUUCCUGUGUCACCUAGCAAGGUUUGCUGCUGCUUCAGAGAACUUAGGGGUUUUCCAGAUACAGAGACAAGUGCUAUUUCUAGCCAGGCCAAUGUAUUUUGUGUUCAGGGAAGGCUCUACCGUAAUUUAAGCAUCUUCCUAAAAUAGCUUCAGAUUAUUUGUAAUUCACCAUGACUCAUUAAUGGCUUACACAGAACUCCAGAAAUCAUACCAUGUUCAACACAUAACCCUUUUUAAGUAGCAGCUACUUAUACCCAAAGGCUAUCUGGAGACUACCCGAUGCACAGCCAGCCACUCAGACUAUGCAGAUCUACCCUGGACAAUAGUGGGGUUACUCGCUAUGGCUGCCUCCCUCUCCAUGGGAUCUGAUGAGCAGUGGUGUGGGCAGGGAGCCAGAGAGAGUUGCCAGUUACGUAACUUCCCUUUGGCUUUUCUACAACUGUAAAACGAGGAUAAUACCGAACUGUAAAGGUUAGUGGAAGGUUUUUAAUUAAAAGAAUGUAUGAAAAUUAUAUGACAUAUAGUAGUUGCUUGAUAAGUUAUUACUAGUAGUAUUAGUGAGACAAUAAAAAUGGAUUAUUUAAACCAA